ACGAGGAGCAACCCGUCCCGUACCCGGCGCUGGCGGCCACGGUCUUUUUCUGCCUCGGGCAGACCACGCGGCCGCGCAGCUGGUGCCUCUGGCUGGUGUGCAGCCCGUGGUUCGAGCACAUAAGCAUGCUGGUCAUCAUGCUUAACUGCGUGACCCUGGGCAUGUUCCGGCCCUGUGAGGACGUCGAGUGCCACUCGGAGCGCUGCAACAUCUUGGAGGCCUUCGACGACUUCAUCUUCGCCUUCUUCGCGGUGGAGAUGGUCAUCAAGAUGGUGGCCCUAGGCCUGUUUGGGCAGAAGUGCUACCUGGGUGACACGUGGAACAGGCUGGACUUCUUCAUCGUCAUGGCGGGCAUGAUGGAGUACUCCCUAGAUGGACACAACGUGAGCCUCUCUGCCAUCCGGACCGUGCGUGUGCUGCGGCCCCUCCGCGCCAUCAACCGCGUGCCCAGCAUGCGGAUCCUGGUCACCUUGCUGCUGGACACGCUGCCCAUGCUUGGGAAUGUCCUUCUGCUCUGCUUCUUCGUCUUCUUCAUCUUCGGCAUCGUUGGCGUCCAGCUCUGGGCUGGCCUGCUGCGGAACCGCUGCUUCCUGGACAGCACCUUCGUCAGGAACAACAACUUGACCUUCCUACGGCCAUACUACCAGACGGAGGAGGGUGAGGAGAACCCGUUCAUCUGCUCUUCGCGCCGCGACAAUGGCAUGCAGAAGUGUUCACACAUCCCUAGCCGCCGCGAGCUGCGUGUGCCCUGCACCCUGGGCUGGGAGGCCUACGGGCAGCCACAGGCCGAGGGUGCUGGCGGCACUGCCCGCAACGCCUGCAUCAACUGGAACCAGUACUACAACGUGUGCCGCUCGGGUGACUCCAACCCUCACAAUGGCGCCAUCAACUUCGACAACAUCGGCUAUGCUUGGAUCGCCAUCUUUCAGGUGAUCACGCUGGAAGGCUGGGUGGACAUUAUGUACUAUGUUAUGGAUGCCCACUCGUUCUACAACUUCAUCUAUUUCAUCCUGCUCAUCAUCGUGGGCUCCUUCUUCAUGAUCAACCUGUGCCUGGUGGUGAUCGCCACACAGUUCUCUGAGACGAAGCAGCGGGAGAGCCAGCUGAUGCGAGAGCAGCGGGCGUGUCACAGAUCCAACGACAGCACGUUGGCCAGCUUUUCGGAGCCGGGCAGCUGCUACGAGGAGCUGCUGAAGUAUGUGGGCCACGUCUUUCGCAAGGUCAAGCGGCGCAGCCUGCGCCUCUAUGCCCGCUGGCAGAACCGCUGGCGUAAGAGGGUGGACCCCAGCACCCUGCACAGCCAGGGCCCUGGACGGCGGCAGCGCCGGGCGGGCAGGCGUGCAGCCUCGGUCCACCACCUGAUCUACCACCACCACCACCACCACCAUCACCACUACCACUUCAGCCACGGCAGCCCGCGCAGGCCUGAGCCGGGCCCAGGCGAUACCAGGCUGGUGAGGGCUGGUGUACCCCCCUCACCACCCUCCCCAGGCCGCAGGCCACCCGACACAGAGUCUGUACACAGUAUCUACCAUGCCGACUGCCACGUGGAGGGGCCUCAGGAGAGGGCCCGGGUGGCACACACCGCAGCCACUGCUGCCGCCAGCCUGAAGUUGGCCACAGGUCUGGGAGCCAUGAACUACCCCACUAUCCUGCCCUCAGGGGCAGGCAGCGGCAAAGGUGGCACCAGUCUGGGACCCAAGGUGGAGCGGGCCAGCGGGCCACAGGGUGCUGGGGGGCACAGCCCUCUGAGCUUGGGUAGCCCUGAUCCCUAUGAGAAGAUCCAGCACGUGGUCGGGGAGCAUGGACUAGGCCGGGCCUCCAGCCACCUGUCGGGCCUGAGCGUGCCCUGCCCCCUGCCCAGCCCUCCGGCGGGCACACUAACUUGUGAACUGAAGAGCUGCCCAUACUGCACCCGUGCCUUGGAGGACCCUGAGGGUGAGCUCAGUGGCUCAGACAGCGGAGACUCAGACAGCCACGGGGUGUAUGAGUUCACGCAGGAUGUGCGGCACGGUGACCGCCGAGACCCCAUGCAGCCAUCCCCUAUGGCAGAAGCAUCAGGCCCGGGCAGUCCACAGCAGCGAGCACGACGGCCAUUGGCCUCAGGUGAACUGGGCAGGCGGGGCCGUCUCUGGGCCACCUUCAGCGGCAGGCUGCGCCGCAUUGUGGACAGCAAGUAUUUCAACCGUGGCAUCAUGAUGGCCAUUCUUGUCAACACACUGAGCAUGGGCGUGGAACACCAUGAGCAGCCAGAGGAGCUGACCAAUGCCCUGGAGAUCAGUAACAUCGUGUUCACCAGCAUGUUUGCCCUGGAGAUGCUAUUGAAGCUGCUAGCCUGCAGCCCACUGGGCUACAUCCAGAACCCCUACAACAUCUUUGAUGGCAUCAUCGUAGUUAUCAGUGUCUGGGAGAUUGUAGGGCAAGCGGAUGGUGGCCUGUCAGUGCUGCGCACCUUCCGGCUGCUGCGUGUGCUGAAGCUGGUGCGCUUCCUGCCAGCACUGCGGCGCCAGCUAGUGGUGCUGGUGAAGACCAUGGACAACGUGGCCACCUUCUGCAUGCUGCUUAUGCUCUUCAUCUUCAUUUUCAGCAUCCUGGGCAUGCACCUCUUUGGCUGCAAGUUCAGCCUGAAGACAGACACCGGAGACACUGUCCCUGACAGGAAGAACUUUGACUCCCUGCUAUGGGCCAUUGUGACUGUGUUCCAGAUCCUGACCCAGGAGGACUGGAAUGUGGUCCUCUACAAUGGCAUGGCCUCCACCUCCUCCUGGGCCGCCCUCUACUUUGUGGCUCUGAUGACUUUUGGCAACUAUGUGCUCUUCAACUUGCUGGUGGCCAUCCUGGUGGAGGGCUUCCAGGCAGAGGGGGAUGCCAACAGAUCCGACACAGAUGAGGACAAGACAUCCAGCCCCUUUGAGGAGGAUUUCGACAAGUUCAGAGACCUCCAGGCCACGGAGCUGAAGAUGUGCUCACUGGCUGUGACCCCUAAUGGGCACUUGGAGGGCCGAGGCAGCCUGCCCCCUCCCCUCAUCAUGCGCACAGCAGCCACGCCCAUGCCCACCCCCAAGAACUCCCCAAACCUGGAUGUGGCUCACAGCUUUCUGGACUCACGACGCGGCAGCAGCAGCUCCGGGGACCCUCAGCUGGGGGACCAGAAGGCUCUGGCCAGUCUCCGCAGCUCUCCCUGUGCCACCUGGGGCUCCAGUGGUGCCUGGAGCAGCCGGCGCUCAAGCUGGAGCAGCCUGGGCCGUGCACCCAGCCUCAAGCGCCGCAGCCAGUGCGGGGAGCGUGAGUCGCUGCUGUCCGGUGAGGGCAAGGGCAGCACAGAUGAUGAGGCUGAGGAUGGCAGAGCCACACCCAGGCCCCGGGCCACCCCACUGCGGCGUGCUGAGUCCCUGGACCCACGGCCCCCACGGCCAGCCACCCUCCUGCCUGCCAAGUGCCAUGACUGCAAUGGACAAACUGUGGCCCUGCCCAGUGAGUUCUUCCUGCGCAUUGACAGCCACAAAGAUGACCCGGCCGAGUUAGACGAUGAUGUGGAGGAUAGCUGCUGCUUCCGUCUACACAAGGUGCUGGAGCCCUACCGGCCCCAGUGGUGCCGGAACCGCGAGUCCUGGGCCCUCUACCUCUUCUCCCCGCAGAACCGGUUCCGAGUCUCCUGCCAGAAGAUUAUCGCACACAAGAUGUUUGAUCACGUGGUCCUCGUCUUCAUCUUCCUCAACUGCAUCACCAUUGCCCUGGAGCGACCUGACAUUGACCCCGGUAGCACCGAGCGGGCCUUCCUCAGUGUCUCCAACUACAUCUUCACAGCCAUCUUCGUGACCGAGAUGAUGGUGAAGGUGGCGGCCCUGGGGCUGCUGUCGGGCGAGCAUGCCUACCUGCAGAGCAGCUGGAACCUGCUGGACGGGCUGCUAGUGCUGGUGUCCCUGGUCGACAUCGUUGUGGCCAUGGCCUCGGCGGGCGGCGCCAAGAUCCUGGGCAUCCUGCGUGUGCUGCGCCUGCUGAGGACCCUGCGGCCUUUGAGGGUCAUCAGCCGGGCUCCAGGCCUCAAGCUGGUGGUGGAGACACUGAUAUCCUCGCUCAGGCCCAUCGGGAACAUUGUCCUCAUCUGCUGUGCCUUCUUCAUCAUCUUCGGCAUCCUGGGGGUGCAGCUCUUCAAGGGGAAGUUCUACUACUGUGAGGGUGCCGACACCAGGAACAUCUCCACCAAGGCCGAGUGCCGGGCCGCCCACUACCGCUGGGUGCGGCGCAAGUACAACUUCGACAACCUGGGCCAGGCCCUGAUGUCGCUGUUCGUGCUGUCGUCCAAGGACGGCUGGGUGAACAUCAUGUACGACGGGCUGGACGCUGUGGGCAUCGACCAGCAGCCGGUGCAGAACCACAACCCCUGGAUGCUGCUGUACUUCAUCUCCUUCCUGCUCAUCGUCAGCUUCUUCGUGCUCAACAUGUUCGUGGGUGUUGUGGUCGAGAACUUCCAUAAGUGCCGGCAGCACCAGGAGGCUGAGGAGGCACGGCGGCGCGAGGAGAAGCGGCUGAGGCGCCUGGAGAGGAGGCGCAGGAGCACUGCCCCCAACCCAGAGGCCCAGCGCCGACCCUACUACGCCGACUACUCGCCCACCCGCCGCUCCAUCCAUUCCCUGUGCACGAGCCACUACCUGGACCUCUUCAUCACCUUCAUCAUCUGUGUCAAUGUCAUCACCAUGUCAAUGGAGCACUACAACCAGCCCAAGUCGCUGGACGAGGCCCUCAAGUACUGCAACUACGUGUUCACCGUCGUCUUUGUCUUUGAGGCGGCGCUGAAGCUGGUUGCAUUUGGUUUCCGGCGGUUCUUCAAGGACAGGUGGAACCAGCUGGACCUGGCCAUUGUGCUGCUGUCACUCAUGGGCAUCACGCUGGAGGAGAUCGAGAUGAACGCCGCACUGCCCAUCAACCCAACCAUCAUCCGCAUCAUGCGUGUGCUCCGCAUUGCCCGCGUGCUGAAGCUGCUCAAGAUGGCCACAGGCAUGCGGGCCCUGCUGGACACCGUGGUUCAAGCCCUGCCCCAGGUAGGGAACCUUGGCCUUCUUUUCAUGCUCCUGUUUUUUAUCUAUGCUGCCCUGGGAGUGGAGCUGUUUGGGAGACUUGAAUGCAGUGAGGACAACCCGUGUGAGGGCCUGAGCAGGCAUGCCACCUUUACCAACUUCGGCAUGGCCUUUCUCACACUGUUUCGUGUGUCUACUGGGGACAACUGGAAUGGAAUCAUGAAGGACACUCUGCGUGAGUGUGCCCGCGAAGACAAGCACUGCCUCAGCUACCUGCCGGCACUGUCGCCUGUCUACUUCGUGACCUUCGUGCUGGUAGCACAGUUUGUGCUCGUCAACGUGGUGGUGGCCGUGCUCAUGAAGCACCUGGAAGAGAGCAACAAGGAGGCCCGUGAGGAUGCAGACAUGGACGCCGAGCUCGAGCUGGAGAUGGCGCCGGGGUCCCCGGUCAGGGGCCCCAGAGGCGGCCACCAGGCUGACACAGAUGGGCCCCCCUCCCCCCAGGAGAGCCCGGAUGCCCCAAACCUCCUGGUGGCGCGCAAGGUGUCGGUGUCCAGGAUGUUCUCGCUGCCCAACGACAGCUACAUGUUCCGGCCCGUGGUGCCUGCCUCGGCCCCCCGCCCUGUUCCUCUGCAGGAGGUGGAGAUGGAGACCUAUGGGCAUGGCAGCCCCUCAAGCUCCGUGGUCUCUGCUCACUCUCCGCCUGUGGAGUCCUGCGCCUCCCUCCAGGCCCCGUCAGCCGCGUCCUCCCCUGCCAGGGGCAGCGACACCCUCCAUGUCCUCUCCCCUCGGGGCAUGCCACGCUCCCCCAGCUUCAGCCGACUGCUCUGCAGACAGGAGGCCAUGCGCACUGAUUCUCUGGAAGGGCAGGUGGAUGGCCCUGGGGAUGGCGCCCCAGAGUCUGGGGAGCCUGUGGAGAAGUCCCCGGCAAGGCUGGCGUUCCUGAGGGGCUCUCUGCGGUCCCUAUCAUGCUCCCCACGGCCCGCCGGCGUCCGCACCCGGAGGCACACUUUCGGGCAGCGCUGCAUCUCCAGCCAGCUGGCAGCCCCCGGCGGAGAUGACACCGAGGUCUCAGACCCAGCCGACGAGGAGGUCAGCCACAUCACCAGCUCGGCGCCCCCCUGGCAGCCCCCAGCCGAGUCCCGCGGCCCCGAGGGCUCCCCCACGGCCCAUGGUGGCGAGCGGGACCUUCACAGUUUCUACAGUGUGGAUGCCCAGGGCUUCCUAGACAAGCCAGGCCUGGCAGAGGUGCCGCGGUGGCCCUCAGCAGAGCUGGGCGGCGGGGAGUCUGGGGAGGUGAAGGCCUGGGGCCCAGAGGCCGAGCCGGCCCUGGGCGCUCGCAGAAAGAAGAAGAUGAGCCCUCCCUGCAUCUCUGUGGACCCCCCUGCAGAGGAUGAGGGUGCCACGCGGCCCCCCGCCACAGAGAACGGCAGCACCACCCUGCGACGCAGAACCCCAUCCUGUGAGGCCCCCCACAGGGACUUCCUGGAGCCCACGGAAGGCCUGGGUGUGGGAGGCGACCCCAUGGCCAAGGGGGAGCACUGGGCCCAGGCUUCCUGCCGGGCAGAGCACCUGACCAUCCCCAGCUUUGCUUUUGAGCCACUUGAUCUCGGGGGCCCUGCUGGGGAUCCCUUCUUGGACAGUGGCCAUAACCUGACCCCAGAGCCCAGAGCUUCCUCCUUGGGGGCAUCAGCGCCUCUGGAAUCCCAAGAACCAGAGCCUCCCGUGCCCUCUGGUGACCCCGAAGAUAAGAGGCAGGGGGUGUACCUCACAGUCCCCCAGAGCCCCCUGAAGAGACCAGGGUCCUCUCCAGCUGCCCCUGCCCCUGCGGACAACACAGAUGAGCCUGUGUAG